CCCUGGUCGCCAUCAGCUGUUUGGAGCUGAAAGAAUAACUCGUAAAGAAAUUGUUUGUUGAUUUGUACCAAAUUAAAAUAUGGAUUAUAACAUACAUAAAAUAUGUCGCGUUUGCCUGGAGGAAUUACAUCCAGUUACUUCGAUUUACAGCACAGACUUUGCCAUGAUGCCCUCGGUUAUGUUGAUGCAGUGUGCCAAAAUAAGAGUUUUCAAAACAGAUGGUCUGCCUUCGGUCAUUUGCAACAACUGCAUUUACCGACUGGGAGUCGCCUUUCACUUCAAACAGGAAUGCGAAAAUAGCGAUCUGCGCCUCCGUCAAUAUCUGGGUAUCCUCGAGUCGUGGCGCCAGGAUGCGGCCACCAACACGGACUUUGCGGAGAAGCCUUCGCAACCGCAGCGUGAUAGCGACGAGGAGGAUCCGGUGGACACCAAAGUUGGCAAGAGGCGAUCUCGCUAUCAAAGGAAACCUCCAGAGGAGCACAAGAAACGGGGACCCAAACCUCUGCCCAAGAUGCCUCACACCUGCUACGAAUGCCACAAGAGCUUUAAGUGCAUUGCCCAACUAACGCAGCACAUUAGAACGCAUACCGGUGAAAAACCCUAUCAAUGCAGUUUUUGCAUCCAGCGAUUCGCCCAGAAAUAUAACUUGAAAGUACACGAAAGGACUCACACGGGUGACAAACCAUUUCAAUGUGAAAUCUGUUCCAAACAGUUUUCGGCCCUGGGCAAUUUCCAGGCGCAUCAGAAGAUACAUUUAGGUGUGAGGGAUCAGAUAUGCUCGGUCUGUCAAAAAGGUUUCUAUACAGCCGGCGAUCUAUCCAAGCACAUGAUAACCCAUACGGGCAUUAAAAACCACCAUUGCGAUGUUUGUGGCAAAGCGUUUAGUAGACGAAGAGACAUGCGAUCUCAUAAACUGAAACUACAUCCUCUGGAAUCCAGUACGAGUCAUGAUAUAGUAGAUGAUGAUGAUGACGAACCCAUAGACACUGAUCCCGUGGGUCUGGACACCCUGGAUCAUGCCCACUUUAAGUGCCCAGAUUGCGACAAGGCUUUUGAUACGGCGGACAAUCUAAGCCUUCAUUUUCGCACUCAUGGGGUUAAUAAUAAUCUACUGAACCUACCGCUGCCACCUGCACCACCUAUGUCGCAUCACUACCACCACGAUGCUCUGCAUCACCUGGGGCCUCCGAAUCCCGCUACACAAAUGGGAAUGGCGGCCAUGGCUCACAUGCUGGCACCACCGCCGCCUCCACCGCCCACGCCCAGCGAAGGACGCUAUACAAUGCUUCACCACACGGCGGCUCAGAGACUGCAUUACUAAAGUAUUACAAUAAAUUAAUUUUAAGAUGCUCUUAAAAAACUAUUAAUUUAA